CUCGCGGUUACAGACACGUGACCUAAACCAUCCUCUUCGCUAAAACAGCAAUCAUGGGGAUGAAGGCUCGUGGUGAUAUGAGAGAGUAUUCGGUGGUUGGGCGGGAGAUGCCCACACCCAAAAAACGAGUGCCCCCGAUCUACAAGAUGAGGAUCUUUGCUCCUAAUCAUGUGGUCGCCAAGUCACGGUUCUGGUACUUUGGACAGCUUCUGCGUAAGAUGAAGAAGACCAGGGGUGAGAUCCUUCUGUGCAAGCAGGUGUUGGAAAAGAAGCCUUUGAAGAUUAAGAAUUUUGGCAUCUGGUUGCGAUACGAUUCGCGCAGUGGCACACACAACAUGUACCGGGAGUAUCGCGAUCUAACCUCCAGUGGUGCCGUCACACAGUGCUACCGUGACAUGGGUGCCCGGCAUCGUGCUCGCGCCCAUUCUAUUCAGAUCAUCAAGAUGGCUGAGGUAGCACCGGCCAAGUGCAGGAGGGCGAACAUCAAGCAGUUCCAUGAUAGCAAGAUCAGGUAUCCACUUCCCCACAGACUGCAGAAGCAACAACACAAGCCACGCUUCACUACCAGGCGCCCCCACACGGCAUUCUGAGGAAUUAUUGUUGUAUAAAAGUUAUGUGACGAAAAUAAAUACUGUGAGGAUGAGAGAA